ACCCCGGACUGUUUCACGUGAAGUGCCGCCGCAGCCUGAGGCCGGAGGGAGUGUGCGACGGACAAACGAGCGGUGCAGGGGAGCAAAAGGGGAAAUAACCCAGGAAUAGAGAAAACAACCGGGGUUAGAUGUAAACAGCAUGAACGAACUCCAUCCAAUGUAGCAGUGAAAUAGGAACUCCAGCAGUAAGGAUUUCAGAGUGUUGGUUCGAGGUCCUUGCCCAAGCAAAGAGCGGCACAAUUAAUAGCUUAAGAACAGCUGCAUCAUAAGGACUCCCGCCCAAGUUGGUUCACGGAAGCAGCAAGGAGGAUGAACGGGAUGUUAGGCCUCCGCUUGGCUUCACGUGCUGCGAUGCAGUCACUCGCUCACAACGGAACUGAAGGAGUCGCCUGCCUCUCUACCGCCUCCCCUUGGAAUCUGUGCAGCUCCGGGCCUGUGACGGCAGCAAGUAGUGUGACCCACUGGCGGGAGGUAUUCGAACAGAAAGGGAUAUCGGAGCCAUUGCUGUCUGCAGAGCACAUAGUGUCCCACGUGCUUGGAGGAAAAACUAUUCACAGCCUUGGAGCUGAGGCCCUGACUCGUCUACUCACUGGAUCACAGAAACAGAUCAUCUGGGAUUUGUGUGCGAGGCGCCUUGAACACAUGCCUGUACAGUACGUGAUCGAGGAAUGGGAUUUCCGUGAUCUAACACUGAAAAUUAAACCACCAGUCUUUAUACCCAGACCAGAAACAGAGGAACUGGUUAGCCUGAUUCUGUCAGAACUUGCCACAGAUGAAAAGGAUCAUUGGCACAGUUUCAAUCAGACAUCCGGCCCUGUCUUCCUGGAAGUUGGGUGUGGAUCGGGUGCCAUUAUCCUGAGCUUGUUGAAUUCCUUCAAGCAGAGUUUGGCUGUGGCCGUGGAUAAAAGCCCUGAAGCUGUCAAACUUACCAGAGAAAAUGCGGAGAGGUUGGGUGUCCACCACAGACUUCAAGAACUGCAGCUCAAUGUUAUAUCAGAUGCCUGUGAACUGGUUCGAGUCUGUGGAGCUGUGGAUGUUAUUGUCAGCAACCCUCCAUAUGUAUUCCAUGAAGAUAUGUCUGGGUUAAUGCCGGAUAUCCUCAGGUAUGAAGACCAUGAUGCCUUGAAUGGAGGAGUGGAUGGAAUGGAUGUCAUUAGAGCAAUACUGCAACUUGCUGCAAACGUUCUGAAGGACAAUGGGAAGGUUUUCCUUGAGGUGGAUCCCAGACAUCCGGUGAUGAUAGAACAUUGGCUUCAGGAAUGCCCCAAACUGCAGCUCAGCUGUCAAGCUACCCACCACGACCUCUAUGGAAAACCAACCUACAUUGAAGGAUCAUAUCAAAGGCCUUGCUAAAGUCCAUAUGGAUGUCUACCGCACUGCCCUCAUCAAACCUCUUGAUGACCUCGUCAGAAAAUUCAAUUAAACCAGGGGGGCCUAAUCACUCUAAUAGAAGGUCCAGUGUUGCACCCUCUCCAGUAAGGCCCGCUGUAUAUUGUUCAAGAAAGCUUUCCUGUAAUGGGGCGACCACAACUGCACACAAUGCUCACAGUUAACCUAACCAGAGUCCCAUAAAGCUGCAACAUAUCUUCCUGACUCUUAUUCUUAAUGCCGG